GCCAGAACUGGAUGUUAACUGUCCCGGUCCGGCGGUGUCCGGAGCCGGGAGCCCGAGCUGUGGUCCAGGAGAAGGAGCGGAUGUAGGCAAAGCCCCCCACCCGCCCGAAAUGUGUCGACUGGGGGCCCUGCUGCUGCUGCUCUCAACCUUCCUGCCCUCCUCUGCCGUCCCGCUCCAUGAUGUCCAGUCUCAGGAGAACUCCUCCGGGUUUCUGGGCCUUCAGAGUCUUCUCCAAAGCUUCAGCCGACUGUUCCUAAAAGAUGACCUGCUACGGGACCUGGACAACUUCUUCUCCUCCCCCAUGGACUUCCGGGACCUUCCGAAGAACUUCCAUCAGGAAGAGAACCAGGAGCACAGAAUGGGGAAUCACACCCUCUCCAGCCACCUGCAGAUAGACAAGAUGACUGACAACAGGACAGGGGAGGUGCUCAUCUCUGAGAAGGUGGUGGCCUCCAUCGAACCAGAGGGGAACACAGACGGCGACUGGAAGGUACCCAAAGCGGAGGAGAGAGACACCCUGGUGCCAAUGCAGAAGGCCACAGACGGUUUGCACCCAGAGCCCCGGCGGGUGGCUUUCUGGAUCAUGAAGCUGCCGAGGCGGAAGGCCGAGCCAGACGUCCAGGAUGAGAGCAGCUGGCUCACAGAAAAGCGACAUCGCCUGCAGGCCAUCCGCGAUGGGCUCCGUGGGGGUGCCCAUGAGGACAACCUCGAGGAAGGGGUCCGUGUCCCCCAACACAUCAAGCUGCCUAUACGAAAGACUCACUUUCUGUAUAUCCUCAGGCCUUCCCAACAGUUAUAG